CCUAACAAGGAAAAUAUGAUACAAAUGACAUUUCUGACAUUCCUAAUGUUAUCUGAAACUACACUGUAUCCAUACCUCUUAAAAGUGCUAGUAUGUAAAAUUUAUUUCGCAAUUACACACAUUUUUAUUUAGAUUUCUCAGAAACACUGUAACUCGUCAAUUUGGACACAAAACAACGUACAUGAUCACAGACUCCUAAGGCACCAUGACAAUGGCUACAGACGAUGGUUACCAAUUUUUUACCAUGGGGAACCUCAAAGUCUGUGUUAUCACGGGAAACCUUUGUGACCAACAGGCAGAUGUGUUAGUAUGUAGUGGAUCAAAAGACUUGCAACUGAGCAAUGGUGGAUUGUCUAAAGCUUUGUUGAGAGUUGCUGGACGAGAAAUGCAAAAAGAAUUAAACCAAAAAUAUCCAAACGGCAUUGAAUACGGAGACAUUGCUAUCAGUGAAGGUCAUCAACUUCAUUGCAAAUUUGUGUAUCACGGGGCUCUGCCAAAAUGGAGAACCAGUCAACCCAAUCCUUGCUCAACUUUAGAGAAAUUUAUGACGAAAUGUCUGGAAACAGCAAACGCUGAUUAUAGAAGCUCCAUUGCUUUUCCAACGCUUGGCAUUGGGUUUUUGCAAUAUCCUUGUAAUCAAACAGCAAAAUUGAUGAUAAAAGCAAUACAAGACUUUGGUUCCAAACAAUUUCCUUUGAAUAUCAAGAACAUUAUCAUUGUAGUGUAUAGUGGAAGCAAUGAAUGGUUCAAUGUUCAGAAGGUUUUUAUGAAUGAAUUAAGUGGAGGAAGGGGAUAUCCUGGGGCACAAGUUGCCAUAGCUCAGAGCUCUGUUUCCCUACAUUCAUAUUCUGGUCACCUUGGAGGUAUUCCUGUCAAAGUAAUGGUCGGGAGUAUAGUUGAAGAAGAGGUUGAUGUCAUUAUCAACAGUGUUGCUCACGAUCGCGAGAUGACACAAGGGGCAGCCGCUGCAAUAUUGGAAAAGGCUGGAAAUAGACUACAGGAUGAGCUUACUAAAAAUUACCCCUCCGAAAUUAAACAUGGGGAAAUCGCUGUAACAAAUGGUUACGCACUGAAGUGUAAGAAAGUUUAUCAUGGUGUUCUAUUACCAUGGUACUCAAAACGUUCUGAGCACAUUAAACUUCUUCAUGAGGUGUUAGAGGAUUUUGUCUUUGCUUGUCUAGAGAAGGCAAAUAUUCAUGGUUACAGAUCUAUUGCUAUCCCCGCCCUUGGCACUGGGUUUCAUAAGUUUCCUAUAGACGUGGCUGUUGCAUGCAUUGCUUCUGGUAUUGAAAAGUUCUCAAACCAAGUACAACAGCAAAACAUACAUGUAGCAGAUUUGCGAAUAGUGUUGUAUGAGGGAAACAGUGAUUUACCUGAACUAGUAUCAGCAUUUCAGAACGAAAUAAAAAAGAGAACAGCUUCAGCGUCAGUCAGAUUCAGAAACAUACAGACAGUUCCGGAAAGAGGCACAAUGGAGUACUUAGAAUAUAAAUAUAAAGAAACACUAAGAACACCCUCCUAUUGGACCAAAUUUACAUCGACUAAAGAAUUAAAGGAUUGGAAUUUGCAAGAUAAAUCAAAAUCGUUCCAUUUAGAAUAUGUUGACAAGAUAACAUACGACUGCAUAGCAAAUGCUUUGAAAAAGUCUUUACCUAAUGCAAAUAUCCUCAGUGUUCAGAGACUUGAAAAUGCUGAAUUGUUUCUUGAGUAUGGAGAAGAAUGUCAGAGGUUAUUCCGUAAAGCAAAGAAAGAAAAUUUCCCAAUACUUUCCAUAACUAAGAAAUUUCCAUCGUUCCUGAGCCCUGUAAAAGUAAUGGAAUCACUGAAUCGGUCUAUGACAGAAGACAUUCAUUCCGAAAUCAACGAGUAUUAUUUUUUUCAUGGCACGAAGGCCGUGAAUGUUGAGGUCAUUUGCGGUCAAGGAUUAGAUAGCCGACUGGCAGCCUCUGGAAGACUAGGACCAGGAAUUUAUGGCGCUGAAGUUGCCUCCAAAUCACAUAAAUAUGCAGAAUGUGACGAUCGGAACUACUUUCCAAUGUUUCUGGUAAGAAUGUGUCUUGGUGAUAUUUAUAUGACAAAUGUCAGUGGAAAUUAUAAGAGGCCACCAUGCAAAAUCUGUACGAAUCCUGUAUGUGCGACUCAUCAGGAAAUCCAUGACAGUGUAGUCGCUAGUGGUGGAGAAUUUGCAGACCGCGAGUUCGUUGUUUAUGAUAGACACCAGUCCUACCCUGAAUAUCUAAUUUGGUACAGUCCUUAGAAGGCAACAAAUAAAAAUUUCCUGUCAAAAUGAAUACUAAUGUAGUAAUAGUCAUCAUCAUAAUAUAAUUAAGAAAUAAACAACAAUGUUAAAAAGUUC